AUGUCCUCGCCUCAAAUGUAAUUCUUAAUUAGCACAAAUCUCCCAAAAUCGCCUGCCAGAAGUAUAAAAAGUGGCAAAAAAGACCCCGAGACGAGAUUUUUUGAAAAAAGAUUUAACAGACAAGUCCAUGUGAGGCCAAGCAGCGCACGGCAUGACGACAGCUUUUCAAACGGCAGCCCAGGACUGCGAAAAAAAGGGCUUUCAGCCAAAAGAAGCAAUAUAACGAACACUCGUUAUCAUUUCAAGCGAGAAGACGAUUCCAGCUUUAUUAGCAGACUCAGACCAAGAAUGGUGCCAAUUGAUAAAGAGCGUUUAUUUGACGAAAAUCUUGAAUUAAAGAUGAAGCUGAAUUCCGUCAAUGAAUAUAUUGUAAAGCAAAAAACCAAAAUCAGCUACUUGGAAAAAGAAAUUUUAAAGCGAGAAGAUUUUAUAGACGAGAUGCGAAAACAGCCUGUUGAAAAUUUAUCGUCGCCAGAAAUAAAGCAGUAUCACCUGAUAGAAGGACUGAAAAAUGCUAAUAAAGGCUUAAAAAGUGAACUGGAAAAAAAAGAGCACGAAAUUGAUAUGCUGAGGAGGAAUUUAAAAUGCACGAAAUAUGAAGAAUUGGAGAUUGAAAAUCAUGCAUAUAUUGAUGAGUGUACAAGACUCAGGAGACAUUUAGAAAACUUAAUGGGCGGGAAAAAAUCCCCUGUGAGUCAUAUUAAUUCAAAUAAUGAUUUUAACCCAAGAAGCGCACCUGAAGAUUCUCCUAGUGAAAAUGAUAAAGCGAUUAUAGAAAAUUUAAGACAAGAAAAUACAGAAAUAGUAAAAGCACUGAAUAGAGGGACUGAAGAAAUAAAAAAAUUAAAUGAAAGAAUUAUUGAGCUCGAAAAUGACUCUGCAAAUGAAAAAAAAUCAGCGACAAAAAGUUUGAAGACGGAGAUCCAGAAAUUAAAGCUAAAAAUGGAUGAAGUUAAGAGGGAAAAAGAAAAAAGUGAAGAAGAAAUGGGGAAUAGGAUGAAAAAAAUGAGCAUAGAGCAUACAGAAAAAAUUGAAAAUUUAAAUUUGGUUAUAAGGAAGCAUGAGCUGACGAUUUCGACGUUAAAAAGCGAAAUUUCAAAUUUAAAAGAAGAAUUAAAGGCAAAUAAAGAAGACUGAAAGGCUGAUAAAGAAGAGCUAAAGAAAAAUAAAGAAGAAUUAAAGGCAGCAAAAGACGAAUUGUCAAAGAAAAAAGAGCCAGAAAAGCCAAUCAUCAUGAAAAUCCCAAAAUUAUUUUUAAAAAUGUACUUAAAAAUGCAAAAAGAAAAAAUAAAUAUUUUACAAUUUUUGCAAAAAAUAAGCAAAAAUAACAAAAAAUUUGAAGAUAUAUCAGAGUUUGUAGAAGAACUAAAAAGAUUUGAUAUAAAAAUAACUGAAAAUGAAGCUUUGCAAGCUAUUGAUAAAAUAGGUGGAAAAAUUUCUAUAGAAGAAAUUAUUGCAAGAUAUGAGCUAUUUAUUCAAGAAGAAAUAUAUUCUGAGUCAAGCUCAGAAGAGGAAGAAAGUGAUGUAAAUUUUAGCCCAAAUGUCAAGCCAAUUUCUCCUCAGAGCUCGCCACCUACUUCUCUGCGAACUGAUGAAGAGUCAAAGCUAAGCCUAAAUACGACAAUAAAAUCUAAGCCUAUGAUAAAGAUUGAAGAAAUAUCUAAUGUUUUAAAGCACAUUUCACUAAUUCCCCCCUCCGUGAGUGAACAAAAAAACUUGUUCGCUCACAGAGGGGGGUUAAUUUUUUUUUUUUAAAAAAUUUAUAUAUAAAUUUUAUAGAAAAAUUGUUUUAUCGAAAUUUUAAAAAAAUCUUAAUUCGCAAAAAUUGGAAGGCAAAUAUUAAUUUUAAUUAUAAAAAUUUAUGUUUUAAAGCGCAAAUUUGUUAAAAUUAAACAGAAUUAGCUAUAGAUUUCAUUAUACUAAUUAUCACUUAUAUAUCCAUUUUUUUUUCAUAAAAAAUUUUUGUUCGCGGAGGAUGAGUUUUUGGGCAAAAUAGCGAUUUUUCUAAUGUUUUUGUUCACUCACAGAGGGGAGAUUAAGAAUGCAGCUUAAUAGACUACCAAAAUCGUCAUUAUCACAAAUAUUAUUUGGCGAAGCUUUUAGUGGGGAACAAUUAGUGUCUAAAGUGCAGCUUAUAGGGCUAUUUGAAAACCCUCCUUUACAAUUCCGAUUAAAUUCAGAGCUAGAUAGACUGUGUCAAUAUUUAAUAGAACAAGAAAAUAUGCCACAGUCAAAUAUGAAUUCUAUUACAUCUAUUCCUAAAAAAUAAAAAUAAAUGCUUUUUAAACAAACAAUAAUUAUUUUAUUUUGAAAAAAAUAGAAAAUAUUAUAAAUUUUAUUUUGCUAGCUUUUCCUAAUGACAAUAUUAUAAAUAAGCUAGAAGCUUCCCUUGAAAACUGGUUCAUUUUUGAACAAAGCGACGAAUCUCAAUUUGACGAGCUUUUAUCAGAAGUUGUUAAUAAAUACAAAAUAGAGCUAGAAGCCGCUUGCACCAAUAAAGAUACUGAAAAAUUAGGCCAAAUUACUUUUACUGAGUUUAGAGAAGCAUUAAAGGAAUGUAAAAUUGAUUUACCAGAAAAUGUUUUAAAAUAUAUUUCACUGCUGUUUUAUUCUCAUAAUUAUGAGCUAAAUUCUGCACCUUAUAUGAGCUUUAUACAAGCUUAUGGGGAUAAUUAUAUGGAGGAUGAGUAUGAAGAAGCUGGAAUUUUGGAGGAAGAACAAGCGGAUAUAGUUAGACAAUAUUUAGCUAAAAUUGCAGAAAAAUUGAGAAAUUUACAGAAAUCGCCGAGCGAGGUGUUUAUUUCUAAUGAAUCAGGGCUGAUUUCUCCAGAUGACUUUUUGGAUGGGUUAGAGACUCUGGAGCUAACGAAUAUUGAUAAAGAUCAUUUAAAUUUUUUAAUGCAAGCAUUACAAUUUGAAGAAGAACCACAAACUUGUUGUAUACAAAUAAAAGAGCUUGAAGGUAUUUUAAGCCAUUAUCAUGCAGCUCUGGGAGUUUUCGAAGGUAGUGCCACAAGUUCUACAAGUCACAUAAAAAAAAUCUCAAUGCUAGAAGGUGAAGAAAACCUAGACUACAGCGAAGACUCCCCUGAAAAAUCAAAUCAAAACAAACUUUCUCAACAAAUAAGUGAGGCUUCUCCAUUUGCAGGGGAUUUAGCCAAUUCUUCAAAAUUAAAAAGUUUAGGCUCUUCUAGAGGUAACAUCCCAAGCGGAUCAGGGACAUUAAAGAAAAGCGAUUUAGAAAAUUCAGGGACUGAGUCACAUAGAUUAUUAGAAAUAAAAUAUGAAAAAGGUCCUGAAAAUCUGCCCAAAAAUUCUGGAGAAAAUUCAAGUAAUGAAGAAUAUGAAAAUGAUAUUGAAAGCUACCAAAGCUCAAAUACAAGAAGACAAAGAUCGAGCACAAGGGGGCAGGGUGGAGAAGAAAAAAGAAGUGAAAAAGAAGAAAUUUAUAAAGAAAGUGAGAAUAAAGAGAGGGAGAAAGCAGAAGAAAAGGAAGAAGGAAAUAUGAAUUGUGUUGGAAAAGAAGAAGGGAAGAUAGAAAGAGAGGGAGAAAGAGAGGGAGAAAGAGAAGGAACGGAAGGAGAUGAAGAAAGGGGAGAAGAAGAGCUAGAAGAGCAAGAAGAACAAGAAGAAGAAGAAGGGGAAGAACAAGAAGAAGGAGAACAAGAAGAGGAGCAUGAUAAAGUAGGAGAAGAAGGAGAACAAGAAGGGGAAGAAAGUGAAGAAGAAGAAGAAGCUGGGAAAAUUCAAGAAGAAAAUACCAACAUGAAUGAGAAAGAAGGAGAAAUUCACCAUGAAAAGCUUGAUAAAAACGAAGAAACAAAAGAGAUUGAUAUAAACUCAAACGAAAAUAAGCACGAGUCUUUCAGCAUGCAAAACUCUAUUGAAUCAACCAAAAACAGGCUUUCAGAGUCAGCCCUGCAAGUAAGAACUGUAAGUCUAACUGAAUCUGAAUCUUCAAAUGAAGCUGUGGAGUAUCCAAACAUCAAUAAGCCUCCUUAUAAUGAAAUAAUAGAAAAUGAGCUCGAUGAAAAAUCGAACAGAAGCUCAAAUAUUGGCAAUACCAAUCGAAGCCAAAAAAUGCAAGUUGAAGAUCUAAGAGAUUCAAGCGCCGAAAAUCUAGAAGACGAAAAAUUAUUUAAACUUGAAGAAAAUAAGACAUCAUCAAGACUGAACUUUGAGCCUGAUAUUGAGCCUACAAGAAGUGAUAAAUCUCUUGGAUCUUCUAAGAACUCUAUGAUAAGAUAA